CUCGCAAUCUACUCUAAGGAGAGGGAAUGUUACAAAUAGGAUUGAACGAUUCCAAUGGUUGCCAAUGAAAUCCCAUUUGUGAUGGGUAAUUCUCCCACUCCUACUUUCUUCGGAGAAAGUCGUAAAGCGGUCAGGAAUCUGAGAGCACUGCUCUAGAGCACCCUUACUAUUUCCGUGUCGAUUCAUCUUUGCAUCGCCGAACCUUGACUUUUCUGUACAUGCAUUAUACACACGCCGUGUCUAGUAUUAUAUAUGGUCUAAGGCUAUCCCUACUACCAUGUACCCCCACCCCGAGUAAGCUGCGCCGGUUUCCACCACAUCUGUGCACAACACAAUUACAAAUUGCCAUGAGAUAAAACUCGUGGCGACUGGCGACAUGUGUACUGAUGUGUACUGUACCUACAUAAUAUGAGUUUACCGUAACAUGUAUGCAGAUUGAUCAUUUUUGUUUGUACUUUAGGUGACGGAAAGAUUACAGAAUAAUUUGUAAAUAGAUUUUUGCUAAGUAAAUAAUUCUAGGCAGCAAGAAGAUAGAUAUCAAUGAUUUCUAAAAUACAUUGAUAUUUGGGAACCGUGAUAAUAAAGGUCAAGUAUCGUCCGCUACAAGAAUAACGCGAUUUCAAUAUGAAGCGAGAAAUUAUAAUUUGUAGCAUAUUUCUUGUGCUUUACGUUAAUGCCACUAAUAACGUUAAAUCGGAGAAGAAGAAAUCAUGGAAAGACAAGGAUAUACGCGAUAUGACCGACGCAGAUUUAGAGCACUUGUUAGACCAGUGGGAGGAGAACGAUGAACCUUUAGAACCGGAUGAAUUACCGGAACAUCUUAGACCAAGUCCAAAAGUUGACAUAUCGCAGCUUGAUAUGUCGAAUCCUGACAAUGUUCUUAAAAUGACUAAGAGAGGCAAAGGUGUGAUGAUGUUUGUUGACAUUAACGAACAUGUUUCAACUGAAGAAGCUGAUGUAAUAAUGAAAAUAUGGCAGACUAGUUUACAAAAUAAUCAUAUUAUUGCUGAAAGAUAUCUAAUAGAUCAGAAAAGAUGCGUGUUCCUAUUCCGUGAGGGAUCUCAGGCGGUAGAUGCGAAGAACUAUUUGUUGCAACAACCAGAAUUGUCACAUGUUACGCUCGAAGGGCAAGUUUAUUACAGAGAACAAGAGAAACAGAGUGCAACCAGAGGGAAAACAAAUAAAACAAAGAAGAAGAACGAGGAAUUGUAAUUUUUUAUAUUUAUUUUUCAAAAACAUUAAAUAUUAUGUUUGUAUAUUUUUAUAAAUAUAUACUCACGUAUAAGCCAACUAUGUACAAAAUAAUUUUGGAUACUGUUUUUCUGUUUUCAAGAAUAGAUUUACGAUUUAAAUUAUUUUUUGUAUAUUUUUUGUAAGUUCUACUUAAUACAUCGUAAAUAUAUUUAACAUACAUGGCAA